UUAUGUUUGUGUUGUUGUUGUGGGCAUUGAUUUGAAUAUAUUUACCGGUAAUUAAUUAGUUAACAAAAAAACAGUUUUAACUAUCGAUUAAUUUAGUUUAAUAUUUAUAUAAUAGUUGUUUGUUUGGUAUAAAAAUGAAGUUAAAUAUUGACGGUCUGGACGUAUAUUUCCCGUAUAAUUAUAUAUAUCCGGAACAAUACCUCUAUAUGUGUGAACUGAAGAAAUGUUUGGACGCCAAAGGACACGGAGCUAUUGAGAUGCCGUCGGGAACGGGAAAGACUAUAUCACUGUUGGCAUUGAUUAUUGCUUAUCAAAGACAACAACCCAAACAUAUAUCAAAACUAAUUUACUGCUCGCGAACUGUUCCCGAAAUUGAGAAAGUGAUUGAAGAGUUAAGACAAUUGAACGACUAUUACAACCAAUUGUCACUACAAGACAACAAUCAAAAUAGUUUUGUUGGCGUUUGUCUAACUUCAAGAAAGAAUCUUUGUAUUCAUCCUUUGGUUAGUAAAGAAAAAGACGGUAAAGCUGUGGACGGCAAGUGUUUCAGACUAACGGCAUCUCAUAAGCGAAUGGCCACCAAAUCGGAGGAUGACUUGGCUUCAAAUGUUUGCACAUUUUAUGAGAACUUUGAUUCAAAAGGUCGCGAACAGCUAUUACCUAAUGGUGUCUAUAAUAUUGAUGACCUUAAAAACUAUGGCAGAUCUAAGGGUCUUUGUCCAUAUUUUGUGACCCGAUAUGCCAUUACAUACGCAGAUGUUGUUGUUUAUAGUUAUUAUUAUCUUUUGGAUCCAAAAAUUGCUGAAUUGGUGUCAAAAGAAUUGUCGAAAAAUUCUGUUGUAGUCUUCGAUGAGGCGCAUAAUAUCGAUAAUGUCUGCAUUGAAUCAAUGAGUGUCACCAUUAAUAGACGUCUUCUUGAUAAAUGUCAGGCAAAUAUCACAGCAUUACAGGACACUCUUCGCAAUAUUAAAGAAGUUGAUGAACAAAGGCUUAAAACUGAAUAUCAAAGAUUAGUUGAAGGAUUAAGGGAAGCACAUAUCGCUCGAGAAACUGAUCAAUUUUUGGCUAAUCCAGUGCUUCCGGAUGACAUAUUACAAGAAGCUAUUCCUGGAAAUAUUAGAAAUGCCGAGCAUUUUGUAUUUUUCUUGAAACGACUUCUAGAAUAUGUCAAAUCUCGACUCCGUGUCCAACACGUAACACAAGAAAGUCCCGCAGCUUUUCUUAAAGAUAUUUCAACCAAAGUCUGUAUCGAACGAAAACCUUUGAGGUUUUGUGCAGAAAGACUUCGUUCACUUAUCAGAACACUUGAAGUGAAUGAUAUAACAGACUUCACUCCACUGACACUUCUCUGCAAUUUUGCAACUUUGGUCAGCACUUAUACAAAAGGUUUUUCACUAUUGAUAGAACCUUUUGACGACAGAACGCCUACCAUUUCAAAUCCAAUUCUUACCUUUAGUUGUUUAGACGCUUCCAUUGCUAUAAAACCAGUAUUUGGAAGAUUUCAAUCGGUUAUUAUUACUUCAGGAACUUUAUCGCCAUUAGAAAUGUAUCCAAAAAUUCUUGAUUUUAGACCAGUUUUAGCCAUUUCUUUGACGAUGACAUUAUCGCGUCAAUGCAUUCUUCCAAUGAUUGUCACCAAAGGUAACGAUCAAAUGGCAGUGACUUCAAAGUUUGAAAGUAGAAAUGAUUUGUCUGUAAUACGAAAUUAUGGUAACUUAUUGGUUGAGAUGUCAACUAUAGUUCCCGAUGGUUUGGUUUGUUUUUUUACAAGUUAUUUAUAUAUGGAACAAAUAGUUGCGGCGUGGUAUGAACAAGGAAUUGUCGAUAGCAUUCAAAGACAUAAACUCUUGUUUAUAGAAACUCAAGACUCACAUGAAACCAGUCUCGCUCUAUAUAACUAUGUAAAGGCGUGUGAAAAUGGAAGGGGAGCUGUCCUGUUGUCAGUCGCCAGAGGAAAGGUAUCGGAAGGCGUCGACUUUGACCAUCAUUUGGGUCGAUGUGUUAUAAUGUUUGGCAUUCCCUUCGUUUACACGCAAUCACGUAUUUUAAAAGCAAGACUUGAAUACCUUAGGGAUCAGUUUCAGAUUAGGGAAAAUGAUUUUCUCACAUUUGAUGCCAUGAGACACGCGGCUCAAUGUGUUGGUCGCGCUUUCAGAGGAAAGACAGACUACGGAAUUAUGUGUUUUGCUGAUAAAAGAUUUAGUCGUUGGGAUAAAAUGUCAAAAUUGCCGAAAUGGAUACAAGAAUAUCUCAAUGACUCCGUACUUAAUCUUAGUAUAGAAGAAGCCGUUCAGAUAUCCAAACGCUUUCUCAAACAAAUGGCUCAACCAUUCACUCGCGAGGACCAGUUGGGUAUAUCUUUGUUAACUGUGGAUCAAUUAGAGGACGAAGAGACACAAAACAAGUUAAAGUCACGAAUUCAAAGUGGAUUAUGA